AUGGCGGACAAUAAUCGUGGAGUGUCGGUGGUGUCGCUGCCACCACCGCCGUCGCCGCCACCGCCACCACCACCACCGUCGCUGCCGUCACCACCGUUGCUCGCGAUAGUGCUUGCACUACGUACCCGCCGUGCAGUGGUGUCCGGUGCGCACCGGGUGCACAUGUACACUACGUACCUUUCGCCCUUUAGUGAGAUCAAUAAGCAGUGCCGUGGCCACUCAUGUCGUGCCCCUACCGAGAAAGUCGUUUCCGUGUUUGAUGUUCCUUCUUCCCCCAGUCUGAUCACGCGCCUUUUCUCCAACCCCCAUCGUUACCGCCGCUCCUCUUCGCGUUGCCGUUGCGUUGUCUUGACUGGCAAAUUUGGUUACACGAGGCUUCAUCCCGAACCGCACGUCGAACGUCAAAGUGCCAAAGUGUUUCGGAAGUGGACAGCCUUCCGAGUCAUCGUCGAGGGCUGGCUCUUUCAGUGA